AUGGCUCUAUUCAAGGUGCGACUCAGUAGUGAGCGUCAGGACAAGAUUAAUCGCCUGGUGUUCAGCAACAACAACCUGGAGGAGGUCCGUGGUGCCAUCGACAGUGUGCUGGACAUCUUCGUCAAGAUUCUGACUCAGCCCUUCCAACAUGGCAACUACUUCGGUUACAAGGAGGUCUUGGACAAGUUGCUCAAAGUGGACAAGAAUGUGUGGCGGGACAUCAGAUCCAAGUACCUGUUGGAUCAGUAUCAUGAUUACAAUGGCGGAGAGUUCACUGCGUCCGAGAAUACUGACCCUGCCAAGCUACUCCUGGACAUCCUCAGCAUGCUGUCCAAGGCUGAACAGUCCAUCUGCACCAAGUUAGAGGAUUAUGAAGACACUUUCAGGAAAAUGAAGGAUGAGAAACGCACCCUUGAAAGUCAGCUGUCUGUGUCGGAGGGGAAGUAUAUGGACGAGGUGCAGAGUCACAGCAUCGAGCACAUUGAACUGAAGACAACACUGGGCAAGCUGGCAUACAUGGAGAAUCUCAUCUCAGAGAAGAAUGACAAGAUAGCAGAGUUGCAGCGCUACAACACUAUUGAGCUCUGGGAGAGAGAGAAAAAGAAAGUCCUUCAAGAAAGCAAUGCCAAGCUCUUGGAGGCUUAUGAAGAGUUGGAGGAACUGAAGAGAGUGAACAGUUCACAGACCAAGAAGCUGCAGGCACUUGAAGAACAAAAUCGUAUGAUGAAGCUGAAACAGGAACUAAAAACACCAUCUGGUGUCGCUGCAAGUCAGGCUCUAGAUGAUGUCAAGAGGAAGAACUACAUGCUGGAGAAAGAUGUGAUGUUCCUAGAGGAACAGCUGAACAACCUACAAAAGACCUACAUAGGGGUGCUCGGAGGAAUCAGGACAGACCUACACAUCGUUGGGGAGAAAUAUCGAGACCCAGAGACUAACGAGCUGAGCGAUGAGGAUAUCAGCAGAAUGGAUGCUAGGAUCACAUUUAUAUACAGCAAAGUCAGGAACGCUGAGCUUGAGAAGUGUAAAGACGAACUACUGCCUCACUAUCUGUAUGUGCCUCAGGAAGUAAAGUUGAAGAAGAUCAGGAGGAUAUCCCUACAUGCCGCAAUCCCUCGUGAGGUGGAAGCACAGCCUGAGCAGCCCCUCAACACAGGCAGGGGCAGGAGACGAGGGUUCUUCUCCAGCGCCGAUUCCAAGAUUGAUGAAACACCAACCCCCAAAGCAACUCUUCCACCACUUAAGUGUCAACAGACAAUGGACAAUCCAACUAUGCUGGAUCCGACCGGCAAGUUUGUGGACUGGGCAGCAUGCAAGAAACACUUCCCCCACAUGACCAGAGAAUUUCUUGACGAGCAAUGGGAGAGGUUCCAGGAGUAUGAUGACAAUGGUGACAGGUCACUUGACUUUUCUGAGGUUGUAGGAGCCCUGAAAGCCCUUGGGAUGCAGUUUACUGCUAGUCAGGCCCAGGAGGCCAUGUGGGAAGUUGACGUCAACAAGUCAGAGACUCUUGACUUCUAUGAGUAUCUUCUUGUGGCUGACAAGAUUGCCAGACAGUCAGGUAAAUCAUCGCUUUUCAAGUCAACAGUAGUGAAAACACACAGCAACGUUGUGGCCAAAACUUGUGUCCUACAAUAAUCAGAAUAUCAUAUCCUGUAUACAACAUUUGAUUGAUAUACUGAAUGUUUGCAAGGGACAAUGAGAGGCAUUAGAAAUACUCUGUGUUAACCAAAAAACAGUGUAAUAUUAGAGAUGUGAUAUGCUGAAAUAUAGCACGAGACAAUGUUACCUUACACAAGUGAUAUGAUGUGCUCAAUGCUAGCACAAGAUAUUGUAACAUGAGUGACAUGAUAUGUUGAAUGUUAGCAUAAGACAAUGUAAUACAAGUGAUAUGAUAUGCUGAAUGUUAGCAUAAGACAAUGUAAUACAAGUGAUAUGAUAUGCUGAAUGUUAGCAUAAGACAAUGUAAUACAAGUGAUAUGAUAUGCUGAAUGUUAGCAUAAGACAGUGUAAUACAAGUGAUAUGACAUGCUGAAUGUUAGCAUAAGACAGUGUAA